AAUUCUAACCAAACUGUCGGAAUACUAAAAAGAAAUACACAACACUCUAAAAAAUUCUAACCUAAUUAUUUCAAGAAAUCAAUCCAUCCAUCCACACUUUCCUCUUCCUCCACUCUUCCAGAUUCCUCCAUUUUUUUAUUUUACCUGAAUAAAUAAAUCUUCAAGAAAACCCUCAUCUCAAACUCCACAAGAUUGGUGGUUUUCUUGAACAAAAGAAUAAAUUAAUUAAAUCAUGGUUUCUCCACUAAUCACCACCAAAAACCCAUUAAUCACAAUCAAUUCUUGCACCCAGCACCUCUUCAAAGAUCAGAUUUUUACCCGAAAAAUCCGGUGUAAUAAUAACUCUCAGAAGCAGAAUUCCAAGAAACCCAUGAAGGAAUACCACAGGAGGCGGAGAACCCAGUCAGCGAGCUCCGUUGUAAUAAGCCCAGGAGAAGAGAUACCUGCGAUCGGGCGACAUAAGCCCGGAAAAAGCGGGGUAAAGAGAGGAUUUUUAGAGGUGGGGGAUCGAGAUAUGGUGGUUCUGUGUGGGGUGGGUUACUACGUGAAUGGGUUCAGAGGGUUUCCGUGGCUGGCGCUGAAUUUCCACAUGGCACACAAUCUGAACAUGCACCCUUCCGCGCUGCAGAUUGUGCAGAACUCUGCUAAUUUGCCUAUGGUGGCGAAGCCUUUUUAUGGGAUUUUGUCUGAUGCUCUUUAUAUUGGUGGUGCUCGUAGGCUGCCUUACAUUUCCAUCGGAGUCGUUUUGCAGGUUCUUUCUUGGGGGUCAUUAGCACUAAUCCCGGUAGCUAACGAAGCUCUCGCACCGAUAAUGGCGUGCAUUCUGUUAGGCAACCUCGGCGCAUCCAUAUCAGAAGUAGCAAAGGACGCACUUGUAGCAGAGUACGGCCACAAUACCAAACUCCCCGGCCUUCAAUCCUACGCUUACAUGGCCUCCGCCAUCGGGGGCGUUUUAGGUAAUUUACUCGGCGGAUUUUUCCUACUCAAGACGCACCAAACCAAAUCCAUGUUCCUAGCCUUUGCAGCUAUGCUCAUGUUCCAGCUCACAAUAUCUCUCACAACAAGAGAAGAAUCCCUCGGCUUAUCUCAGCCGUCGAUCCACCGUGCCCGAUUGAGCGAGUCGGUCCCACAAAUCAUCAAGAAACAAUACUCCGAUCUAACGGUUGCAGUUAAAGAAGAGGGAAUCCUACACCCUCUGUUUUGGCUAGUUUCUUCGAUUUUAGUGAUUCCUAUGCUCUCGGGUUCGAUUUUUUGCUACCAAACUCAGUGCUUGAAUCUCGACCCUUUGAUUAUCGGAAUGUCGAAAGUGACGGGCCAGUUGAUGCUUUUAGGGUUGGCUGUGGUUUACAACCGGUUUGGCCAAACGGUGCCCAUGAGAAAUUUGGCUGUUGGUGUGCAGAUUCUGUACGCGUUUUCGCUGCUUCUUGAUUUGGUAUUAGUGAAGGGAAUAAACAUCCAAAUCGGAAUUUCGAACGAGGUGUUUACUUUAUGUUUCUCGGGUUUGGCGGAAACAAUUGGGCAGUUCAAGCUAUUGCCUUUCUACGUGUUCUUUGCUAGCUUAGCUCCACAAGGGUGCGAAGGGUCUUUGAUGUCCUUUUUAGCUUCGGUUUUGUGUUUGUCUUCGAUAUUUAGUGGAUUUUUGGGAGUGGGUUUUGCUUCGUUUCUUGGUAUAAAUUCGGGCGAUUACUCGAGGCUGCCUUUAGGGAUUGUUGUGCAGUUUGUUUUGGCUUUGUUGCCCUUGUGUUGGAUUGGUUUUGUACCCGAUUUGCAAGCUGUUGCAGUGGAUGAAAAGUGUGGGAGGAUUGGUAGAAGUAAGAGGACAAGAAUGAAUAGGAGAGUGGGGAGAGUGGUGUUCGAUUCGGCUGCGAUUUCUUACCGUCGGGAGAGAGAAUCGGAUUUGAGGAGGUGAAAAUAUUCUUGAUGGUUUCGGCGAAUUUCUUGGAGCCCGAACUAAUCGAACCGUUAUUGAUGGUUUGAUUGCUUCUCAAGUGGUACAAGAUGUCGUAGAACACGUCUUAAUCGCGUGAGUUAUGACAUCCUCAAAACAAAGACAAGAAGUGAAUUUAACCAGAUGGUGUUGUGUGGAUGGAUCUUUCUUGUAGUACUUGGAAAGAGUUCGUUUCGUAUAGGAUUCGGUUAAUUUGUAGUUCAGUGUAUAAGUAUAAUGUUUUCGUACACCUAUAACUAUAGAGGUAAAAAUGUAAUAUUAGAAAGAAUAUUCUUAGAAUUCAAC